CACUCCGUGGCGCUAGAGGGCGGUAUCAUGUCUGAAAACGUUUCCGGUUUUAGCUUUGUUUGUGGUCAUUUUGGUUUGCUAUAUUAGCUACUGUCCGUUUUGGGGAUAUUUAUCCAUGAAAGGAUUGGGCUUAAUCUUCACAAAACAAGAACCAAACUGCACCGUCGGAUUUCAGAACAAAUGGCAGCCCCUGUAAACACGAGAUGAAUUACAUUGUGGACCAAGCAGAACCAGAACCUCCACAAAUCAAAGAGGAACCAGAAGAACUGUGCAGUGAUCAAGAAGGACAACAGCUGGCCCUAAACCAGGAGACAGGUGUGAAGCUGGAGAUUGAGUCUGAGUUGUUGCAACAUCAGCUGAGCAUAAUCAGGAUUCCUGUAAAAAAGCUGCAAAUAAUAGACCUCUCAGAGGAACACGUCUUUAAGGAGGAAACUGAUGAUGAUCAGCUUCUCUGGAAGCAGGAGUGGAGCUCCAGUCCAGAUGAGGAGAUUAAAGAGGAGCAGGAUGAGCACUUCAUCUGUGAGGAGGGGGAGCAGCUUGAACUGAAGCAGGAGACCGAUGCUUUUAUGGUCAAUGAGCAUGAUCAGGAAAAGAUGGACUCCAAACCAGAACCAAGUGAGAGUCCAGUUCUGGAAGCAAAAACUCAGAUCAGAAACAGUGAUGCUCUGACUGUCCUGACGGACUCCCCUUCAAACGAGAGCUCACCUUCCUGUGGAACAUGUGGAAAAGUUUUUACUCGAUGGGAUAGUUUAAUGGUUCACAUGAGAAUACACACAGACCUCUCAGAGAAACACAUUUAUAAAGAGGAGACUGAAGAAGAACAGCUUCUCUGGAAGCAGGAGAGGAGCUCCAGUCUGGAUGAAGAGGAACCAGAACUUUCACGGAUCAAAGAGGAGUGGGAGGAGGUCUGCAUUGGAGAGGAAGGAGAGCAUCUUGAACUGGAGGAGGAGAAUGAUGCUUUCAUGGUCAAUGAAUGUGAUCAGGGAAAUAUGAACUCCAAACCAGAACCAAGUGAGAGUCCAGUUCUGGACGAAAACACUCAGAUCAGAAACAGUGAUGCUGUGACUGUCCAAGUGGACUCUCCUUCCCCUAAGAGCUUACAUUCCUGUGAAACGUGUGGAAAAAAAUUUACUCAGCGUGGUAAUUUGAAUACUCACAUGAGAACGCACACAGGUGAAAGGCCAUUUACAUGUAAAGUAUGUGAAAAAAGUUUUACCAAAAGUAGCAUCUUAAGCGUCCACAUGAGAACUCACACAGGUGAAAGACCCUUUACCUGUGAUGUGUGUGGAAAAAGUUUCAUGCAAUGUGCAAACCUGCGUGUCCACAUGAGAACUCACACGGGCGAAAGGCCUUUUAGAUGUAAAGUGUGUGAAAAAAGUUUUACUAAAAGUAGCAUCUUAAAUGUCCACGUGAGAACUCACACAGGGGAGAGGCCUUUUCCCUGUGAAGUAUGUGGACAAAGUUUCAUCACAGGAAGUGUCUUAAAGGUUCACAUGAAAAAUCACACUGGAGAAACUCCUUUUUCAUGUAAAAUUUGUAAAAAGAUUUUCACAUACGCUAGGAAUUUGACCUCUCACAUGAGAACCCACACAGGUGAAAGGCCUUUUCUUUGUGAAGUAUGUCAAAAAGAAUUUGUUGCAAGUAGUCACUUAAAAGUCCACAUGAGAAUUCAUACAGGUGAGAGACCUUUCACUUGUGAAGUAUGUGAAAAAGGUUUCACUAAAAGUAGUGACAUAAAAGCCCAUAUGAGGACUCACACAGGGGAGAGGCCUGUUUCCUGUGAAGUGUGUGGACGCAGUUUCUCUACAAGGAGUAUCUUAACAGCCCAUAUGAGAACUCACACAGGUGAGAAGCCUUUUUUAUGUGAAAUUUGCAAGAAAGCAUUUAAACACGGAAGGAGUUUGAAACAUCACAUGAUAAGUCACAUCACGUAACCCUUCCGCUCUCCUUGGCUUGUUAACAUUAAAAGUGGGGUCAUCUGAAUCUCACAAGACAGUUCCUGUGGAACAUGGAAAAGUCUUUGCUCAACAUAGUAAUCUGAAGACUCACACAAGAAUUUGCACACGUAAUGUAUGAAUUGAGUUGUGUUCAAAGUAAUAAAUCAAAAGACCACAGAAUCUCACAGUUGAGAAGCCAUUUUUUGUUAAGUGUGAAAAAUGUGUUACUCAGUUUGGUUAAAAAUAAAAGCUUACAUAAGAACUGACACAAGGAAGAUGUCUUUUCUUGUAAUAUACUCCAAAAUGCUUCCAUCAUGCUUAUUUUUCAUCAAUAUCCAUCAAUCUUUUAAACCCACUCAAUCCCUGUUGAGGCUGCUGGAGCCUAUCCCACCCACUUUUCUGCAAAGGCAGGACUUUGCCACAAGAGAUGUGUGAAUACUUCACUAAUAGAAGAUUAAAAAUCAUAAUCUUUCAAAACUUUUUCAAAGGUAUCACACCUAUACAAACAAAGUACAACAACCC